CUCAGUUUAUGGAAGAAAAACCGGAUCAUUUUGCUGCUCGGGACUAUAACAUGGUAUUUCAAGCAUUAUUCCUGUUGAUGAAAGAAUACCUUUCCCCUGUCAAGGCAAAGCUAAAAGAGCGCAAUUACCAGACAGAAUGGGUGAACAAGAUAAAUCGAUUCAGACCAUUAGUGCAAGCUCUAUUUACCAAACAUAACAACGAUGAUGGAGGUGCAUGUCAUCGAGAAGCAAGGAGAGAGUGGAACCGCAUUACGCUUUUAAAGCUAUUUAUAGACAACAUGUUUGGAUUCGAAACAACAGAAAGAACCGUCGAAGAUCUAAUAGCUGAGCAAUACUUGCGUUUCUGGCGGUACAUUGAUGAUGCCAAAUCAUUAAUGGAUGCAACUGAAGGAAAAUCAUUCGAAAUCAUUGAACAAUUUCUGGUUCAGAGCUGCAGGUCGGCAUUCCAGAAGGUUUAUAGAAUAAGUGCACGAUUGGAAUGCUUCAAAUGCAAGGCCUCACCGCGUUUGCUACUACCAUGCAAAGAUGUUGUUUGCAAUUCUUGCUAUGCUGAAUUGUCAUCUGAAAAAUGUCCUAAAUGCGGGAAGAGCUUUAAUCAACUAAAACCAGAGAUGUUUUUUGAGAAAAGCGAAGAGAAAGCCUUGAUGUUAAAAUAUUUAAAGACACUUCAGUUCUUUCUGAUGGAUAUUGUUUCACAAAUGUGUUUUCGUGAACACAAACCGCCAUCUGAUGAUGUUGUGCAAAAGCUGACAAAAUAUGUAUCUCAUUCUGACACUGGUGAAAAGCAAGUCUUUUUCGUUUUUAACGUGGGAUUACAAAGAGAGGAUAUGUAUGUCUUUCGACGAAGUUUACUAAAGGACAUUCUUCUUGCAAGAACAAGUUUUUCCGACAAAGACAUGAAGCUUUACUUUUUGAACAUCUUGCAAACAUCCAAACAAACAACAACGGAACUGUUAGACUUGCUUCUUCUUUUCCUCCAUACUGCAGAGGAAAUGUACAUGCAGCAGCUAUGUGUAUCGAACAAUGAUAAAACUCAAAAAGCCACUGACAUGAUGAGGGAAACAAUCAAAGAGAUUCAGCAAUCUGACCUAUUUCCCAAAACACAAGAAAAACAGACAGGUUUAGAACUAUUAACUGAUACAUCUAGGCAACAUCAACCUAUAGACAACGUUGAUAUUCUGAAAGUAUUGACGAUUGCGAAAUGCAAAGUUGGUCUUUGUAUAACGGCAGACAUACUGCAAAAAAUAGCUUCCGACGAACUGAAGCUUGAAGAUGUAUCAAAUAUUGUUUGCGUUGCACGCGACAUGUGUAAAAGUUUUCCUUCAAACUGGCCUAGGAAAUACCUCACAAAAUAUAUGUGUCGUCGUUUUGGUACGGUCCUACAUGAAUUCGUUUGCCAUUCUGGUGACCCAAGACUUUCUUGGAUAGUGGUUGACAUGGAAGGGGUUGUACUGAUACAAGACCGGUACAGAAUAUGCGGACAAGAAUAUCUCAGAAUGUUUGAUCGAGUGUCUUCAUGCUUGGCUAAACGGCCGAGCAAGGAAUAUGCAAUAAUAGAGAAGACACAACACCAUCCUUUAGCAGAAGAAAUGGUCAGCGAAAACGACAGUUUAGAAAGUAACUGUUCAGGCGCAAAGAUGCUCGCAUCUCACACAAGCAAUGAAAACAGAACAUUCCAGGAUGCUUUUCCUGACAUCAGUCCAAAGAGUGAGAUUUUUCUCCAGUUGGCAGUUCAAAGAGUUAUUUCAGUUUCAAGUGGGAAUUCACUUCAAGUCGACAAAGAGGCAAAAGAAGCAUUCCUAGACUUUGUCCAAAAGAGUUCAUAUCAAUCCAAGGAACAACUUGUACAUUUACUUGGAAAUGAAUAUUUGAUCUCACGGCACGUGACAAAAAAAAACAAGGAUACAUACACAGAUCCACCCCUUCUUAAUUUAGUUGUGCAUUUUGCUGCCGUGCUUGGGUCUUUACAGGAACAAGAAAACAUAACCUACUUUCUUUACAUGCUUUGCUCACAGCCUGAAAUGAUAUCACGCGAUCGCAAUGUUCUCUUUCCGACGAUGCCGCAGGAUGACAAAGAAGAGGUUUAUCGAGCUCUACAAAUGGAAGAAACAUUGUCAGAAAAUCUGACAUUUUAUCGCUGUCCAAAUGGUCAUGCAUAUGCAAUUGGAAACUGCGGGCGUCCAUGGGUUAAAUCAAAAUGCUGGUGUGGACAAACGAUAGGUGGUGUUCUACAUCAGAGAGCGGACGGCAACACACCAAUUGAAAAUAUGGAAGAUACAACUUUACCAGGACAUAUAAUAGGUGAAGCAGAGGAACGAGUCUUAGUCAUUCCUGAAAGAGAUUUGACAGCUUCUAAGUUUGCUAUUGAAAGGCUGUUUCUACAUUUGGCUUUACUUCAGGGUUCCAGCAAAAACAAAAAGGCCAUAGAGGACACUAUCAAUCCAACAGUUGAAAAUGUUGAGCUAUUCCUUUGGAAGCACAUUCAGAAGGAUAUAGACGAUAUAAAGACCUGUACAAUGUUCAGCUUUGACGAUACGAUGAAUUUACUUCACAUGAUAAUUGAUUAUAUCAUGAACAACGAGGCUAAAGGUCUCGUAGACAAUGGCAAUGACACUUUACUGCGAACAAAACAAGGUCGGCGUUUGUGGGAAAACACUUUUGCCGAAGUUUUCAUUUCACCAAUAUUCAAGGAUAUUGAGACGAAACUAGAAGAAUUAAACAGAGAAUUGUCUAUUCAAGAUCCCUUCCUCCGUGUGGUGCACGAAUUGGACGAUACUGAUGAUACCGUUCAGUCAAACAGUUUACACGAUAUGGCUUUGGCUUGGAAAUUCAGCGUCCCUGUGUCAUUGGGCCAUAUGAAACAAGAACUUGAAAAACACAUAGAUUGCAACAAAGAAAUGACUGAAACUCAUAUAAGAAUUCUAAAAGAAUUCAUUGAGAAGGAACCGUUCCUGAAAAUGAUUAAACACGUGCCUGACAUAAUGGAACUACAAAGAUUACUUUUGGAAAAGUUUCAAAUGAAGAUAGACAAAACAACGUCGGCUAAACUUAUGAUCAAGGACAUUGAAGAAGAUGAUAUUAAACAGUUGGUACCAACAUUCGCCCUGGUAUGGAAAAAGACAAGGCAUUACCUUUCCAAACAUGUGUGUAGAACAGAAUUUGGCAGGGCAUUGAUUCCGAGCGAAUACUGUGACAGUGAUAUUGAUACUUUUACGCCAAUAUCCGUUCUGCUACCCUCCAUAAAAGGACCAGGACUUUGUUCGUAUGGACUGCUUGAAUUUCUGUUUCGUACACAGAAUGAAUUUUUAACGAAUAUACGGAUGCUUUGUAAGAGAGAAGAUAUUGUCAGCGAGAUAUUACCGAAAGCUGUUUCAACCAGCAAUCUUAUCUCUUUUGACACGGACAAAGACAUUCUUCCAAUUAUUUUUGCUAAUUGCCACAUGACUACUAGAUUUGGUCACCGUUCCAUAACGCAAUACGAUUUCAAGAGAAUUUGUCAUCAGCUCCUCGACAGACAUUUCAUGUCAAAGUCAAAUAUUUUGCUGGAAAGAAAUCUUCAGAUUGAAACAAUGGUGUACAUAACUGAGCUUACAACAGACAGCAAGUUUGAGAAUUUGUUGAACAAGAUUCCUCAGGUUUCUCUUACAACUGAGACAAAGAACGCGAUAAUCGAGGAGUGUACUAACCUUCCAGAGCUCUGUACAUCCAUCGACAACUUGAAUAUUGCCGUUAAGUUUCUACAAGCAAUCGGUGGCAGCACAGAAAGUUUUCUUGACACCUUUAUGACUAAAACCCUUCGAAUGGAACAUGCUUUAUCAAACCAAACGGCGAGACGGACUUGCAUGCUGAAACACACGCGUGCCCUCUGGCUUUUGUUGACAUUACAGAAGUCUAAGCUGAUGAUCGAUUCCCAUUGCAGCUCCAAGGAUGUAUUUGAGAACCUAGAUGACAUUUACUUUAACGAAAUCGAUGAUGGAACGAAAGACUGUAUACGAAAAAUGUCGGGAGAGGAUCGAGAAAAUGUCUUGGAUGUUCUUCAUGCAUUUAUGAUUUUGAAACUUGUCAUUGUUGAAGACCAAGACAGUGAAGAGUUCAGCGAUCUUUCAGUUACCAGCCUGCGAGACAGCCUAAGCGCAUAUGCAGAAACAACAUACUGUUCCAUAGAAGAAAAAACAGAAGCUAGCCAACGUGAUUCAAUCGCUUCCAUUCAAAUGUUACCAGACAAUGUCAAGAACUGCCAAAGUGUUGAUAUCUGGGUAUUUACAUAUAAACACCAAAGGCAAACUAGUUAUAUUAGAACCAGACGAGGCCGCUUACACUACUAACCUGAAUGGAGAAUAGUCCAUUCAGUUCAGUACUGAUUUUGAGCGCUAUUGUAAUUACCAAAAUUAAUCAUGUCACCUGCAGUUUAUAAAACGUGACGAUAUUAUGUAUAAACACUUGAAAUGGAUAAUGCUUUCCCAGUGAGACUAUAUAGUUUGUUAUUGCAUAAGUUGCAUUGUAAGCCAGGAACUUUCUUAACAAUGGUAAGUGUUUGGAAUCGUCUGGUGUGAAUUGUCGAAGCAUUGAAUAUUCCCAAUCACAGCCACUUGACCACUAAUGUACUUUUGUAUCCACAUUUGACAUGCAUUUGGUUUUUAUAUACGUUAAUGGAGUAAGCAUUCGUUUAGUAUGUUGCACUGUGUGAAAUGUAAAUACAUACUAUAAUAAUUUUGAUUUUUUUAGUGUUAAAUGUUGUUUACUACACGUAGUGUUUCAGAAGUAUUUAGAUAUGCUUGAGUU